GGUUCAGUGUGUGAAAGAUGCACUCAUUUUUGGCAUGUUUUUAUUUUAUUUAGUUUUUAUAAUGAGAUUUAAAGAUGAAUGAAAUAGUGGGCUAAUUUAGCUACAAGAUGUUACCUGUGAAUCUAACAGUGAAUUAUAAACAUUUAUGGAUUUUCUUUUUUUCAUAUAACUUAUGAAGUCUUUGUGGCUUCCAAUCAUUGAUGGUGCUCCAUCACUUGCACAAACUACUCAAUUUUGUAAAGCAUCACCUAAUGAUUUUGCUGAAAAAGAUACAUAUGUCAAUGGUGUCUCCUUAGAAAUGACAGACUCUGCUAACAAACAUGAUAAUACUGGUAAAAAAAAAAAAAAAGAAAAGCCAUCUAUGGUUGGAACAUUUGAAGUGUUUAGGUUCUCAGAUGGAAAAGAUAAACUUAUGAUGGUGAUUGGUGCAUUAAGUGCUGCUGUUGCCGGUGCUGCUCUUCCAGUCAUGAUCAUUGUAUUUGGUUCUAUGAUCGAUUUGUUUGUAGGAUCUGGAAGUAUCAUAAAACUUAUGGACAAAAUCUCAGCCUAUAUGAUUUCUGUCAAUCUGACACAAGCUCAAGUUAUACAAAACUCCUCUCUGUUAUUUUCUAGAUGCAAUGAAGUCAAAGAUUUUUAUACUCAUCAAAAUAAUAGUGAAACAUCUUGUGAUAUGUUGUUAUAUCCAAUACUUGAUGAAAUGACAACAUUUGCCAUUUAUUACUGCGUUAUUGGAGCUGGUGUUCUUAUUACAUCUUAUUUUCAAGUUUCACUUUGGAUGACAGCUGCUGAAAGACAAGCUCAUCGAAUACGACAAGAAUUUUUAAAGAAUAUUUUACGUCAAGACAUUGGUUGGUUUGAUACACAUGAAGCUGCAGAACUUAAUACAAGACUUUCAGAUGACAUUACUAAAAUUCAAGAUGGCAUUGGAGAUAAAAUGGGUUCAUUCGUACAGUGGUUCUCUUCUUUUAUAACUGGCUUUGUGAUUGGCUUUGUUUAUGGUUGGAAGCUUACUUUAGUUAUUUUAGCAGUUAGUCCAUUUCUUGUUGGAGCAGCAGGUCUCUUUAGUAAAUUGGCAGCAUCCAUGACUUCUAAAGAAUUAGAAGCUUAUGCGAGAGCUGGAGGAGUUGCAGAGGAAGUAUUUGGAGCAAUUAGAACUGUAGUAGCAUUUGGAGGUCAAGAGAAAGAAGCGCAAAGAUAUGCUACUAAUCUUACUGAAGCGCAGCGGUUUGGAGUAAAGAAAGGAUUUACUAAUGGAGCAUCAAUGGGUUUUAUCUGGUUUGUUAUAUUUUGUUGCUAUGCUCUUGGGUUUUGGUAUGGUGGAAAGCUUGUUAGAGAUGAAAAGGAUAACUAUACAGUUGGAAAGAUGAUUAUUGUGUUUUUCUCUGUAAUUAUUGGUGCCUUUUCACUGGGUAAUGCUGCACCAAGUAUACAAUCAUUGUCUACUGCUAGAGGUGCUGCAUAUGUUAUAUUUCAGUUGAUUGAUUUGAAAUCCGCCAUAGAUAGUAGCUCAGAAACAGGAAAGAAACCAGACUCUCUGAUUGGUACAAUAAGCUUUCAAAAUAUACAUUUUAGCUAUCCAUCACGUUCUGCAGUGAAGGUUCUCAAUGGUCUCAAUUUGAAUGUUCAGCCUGGACAAACUAUAGCUUUAGUUGGAGCAAGUGGGUGUGGUAAAAGUACAACUGUUCAAUUAUUGCUGAGAUUCUAUGAUCCCCUUGAAGGAAAGAUUUCGAUAGACAACACUAAUAUAAAGGAAUUAAACAUUCAAUGGUUGCGACGUAAUAUUGGACUUGUCAGCCAAGAGCCCAUUUUGUUUGCUACUACCAUUGCUGAAAAUAUACGUUAUGGUAGACAAGAUGUGACAAUGGAAGAGAUAAUGCAGGCUGCCAAAAAUGCUAAUGCUUAUGAAUUCAUAGACAAAUUACCUGAAAAAUUUGAAACCCUUGUGGGAGAAAGAGGGGCACAGUUGAGUGGAGGACAGAAACAAAGAAUUGCUAUUGCCCGUGCUCUGGUGCGAAAUCCUAAAAUUCUUUUACUUGAUGAAGCUACUUCAGCACUUGAUACUGAAAGUGAAUCUGUUGUUCAAGAUGCACUAGACAAGGCAAGAAUGGGAAGAACUACUAUAGUGAUUGCUCACCGUUUAUCAACAAUAAAAAAUGCAGACAUCAUUGUUGGUUUUGACAAAGGAAUAGCAGUUGAAAGAGGAACUCAUGAUGAACUAAUGGCAAUCAAUGGAAUUUAUCAUCAGUUGGUUACUAACCAGUCUCAGUCCAAGAGUGAUGAAGAAGAAACAGUUGAUGAAAAAGAAACUGAAAAAACAAAUCACGGCGUCCAUAGAGAUUUUAAAAAGCAAAUGUCACUUGCAGAGAGUAAAGAAGUUCAGGUGGAGAAAUUACCUAAUGCUCCAUUCACAAGACUGAUGGAAAUGAAUGCACCUGAAUGGCACUUCAUUAUGUUGGGUUGUUUAAGUAGUAUAUUCAAUGGUGGUGUGCAGCCAGCCUUUGCUGUUAUUUUUAGUAAAAUACUUGGUGUUUUUGCAAAAGAUGAUGAUGAACAAGAAAAACAAAUUCAGAUGUACAGCUUAAUUUUGGUUGGACUUGGCAUAGUUAGCCUUAUCACUAUGUUCUUACAGGGCUACAUGUUUGGACGUUCAGGUGAAGCUUUAACUAGAAGGCUCAGAGAAAUGACUUUUAGAUCUAUGCUAAAACAAGACAUUGGCUGGUUUGAUGAUCACAAAAACAGUGUUGGUGCUUUGACUACAAGGCUUGCUACAGAUGCAUCUUUAGUUCAGGGCGUGACGGGCAUCAGACUUGGUACUGCAUUGAUGAGCUUUGCCAACAUGGGAGUUGCUAUAAUAAUAUCUUUUAUUUAUGGCUGGAAACUGACACUAGUUAUACUUGGGUUUAUGCCCUUCAUUGCUCUGGGUGGAGUGAUGCAAAUCAAGCUACUUGCAGGUCAGGCUGGAAAAAAUAAAGAGGCUUUGGAAGAUGCAGGAAAAGUAGCUGUUGAAAGUAUUGAAAAUAUACGCACAGUGGCAUCUCUAUCUAAGGAAUCAGCAUUUUUCACUAACUAUAUGAAGAAACUGGAAGAACCUUACAAGCAAGCAUUAAGAAAAGCUCAUCUCGUGGGAUUUACUUAUGCUUCUUCUCAAGCUAUAAUUUAUUUUGCAUAUGCUGCUGCUUUUGUACUGGGAGCUUUUUUAAUUCGAGAAAAGGAUAUGGAGUUUGCAGACGUUUUCUUAGUAUUUGGUGCUAUUGUAUUUGGAGCAAUGGGUAUGGGAAAUGCCUCAGCAUUUGCACCUGACGUUGGUAAAGCACAGACAUCAGCAAGGCAUAUAAUCUAUUUGUUAGAUUCAAAACCAAGUUUAGACUAUUCUUCCACAGACGGCAUUGUACUUCAAGACUCCUGUGAAGCAGAAGUGAAAUUUGAAGCUGUCACCUUCCGAUACCCAACUAGACCAACUGUACAAGUUGCACAGGGAUUAACUUUCUCUGUUAGUCCCGGUGAAACACUGGCUUUAGUUGGAAGCAGUGGAUGUGGAAAAAGUACUUCAAUUCAACUCAUUGAACGUUUUUAUGAUGUAGAAAGUGGAUCAGUGAAAUUUGCAAAUACUGAUGUAAGAACACUUAAUUUAAAAUGGUUACGGUCACAAAUAGGAAUUGUAUCUCAAGAACCUGUUCUGUUUGACAGAAGUAUUGCUGAAAAUAUUGCUUAUGGAGAUAAUUCUCGUUUGGUGACUAUGGACGAAAUCAUUCUUGCUGCCCGUGGAGCAAACAUCCAUGAAUUUAUUAAAAGUUUACCAGAUGGGUAUGAAACAAAUGUUGGUUCAAAGGGAACUCAACUAAGUGGUGGACAAAAGCAGAGAGUAGCUAUAGCAAGAGCCUUAGUACGUAAUCCAAAGAUUCUGUUAUUGGAUGAGGCUACAUCUGCACUGGACACUGAAAGUGAAAAGAUUGUUCAAGAAGCUCUAGACAAAGCUAGAGAAGGAAGAACUUGUAUAGUUAUAGCACAUCGAUUGUCCACUAUUAAGAAUUCAGACAAAAUUUGUGUUGUUAGCCAUGGAAAAGUUGCAGAGACAGGGACACACAAUGAAUUGAUGAAUAAACAAGGGUUUUAUUACAAAUUCAUUAAAAAAUCAACACGGUAAUGACUUAUUAGUUCAUUUCUCUGUAUAUUUUUUUUUCAAAAUUAUUGUUACCUCAUCACUAAUACCACAUACAAAAAUCAUUAUGUUUUUUCAUACUUUUACACUCAUAUUCUCAAAAAAUGUUUUGUGUUGUAUUUUUUACAUAUCAUUUAUAAUAUGUUUUUUUUUUAAUUAAUCAGGAACAGUAAAAUAUAUGUAGAAAGCUUGAUUUUUACUUCUCAACUAUUUAUCCAUAUUGUUUUAAACUUGAAUUACUGUUUAUGGUAAAGUGUAUAAUAUUCUAGCUAUUCAUAGUAUGAAUCUAGCCCUUCCCACAAUAAUUCUCACACUAUUUUCAAUUAUCUAUAUUUAUUUAUUUUAUAAUUUAUUUAUCAUUCAGACUUUAAUAAAAAAAAAAAUGGAAAGCAAUAUUGUGAUUGUGUACUUAUGUGGGAAAAGUUUAGUAGACUGACUUGUUCAAAUAUUUGUUUCUUACAGGGAUUACUCUUCCUAAAUUCAUGAUAAACAACUAUAUCCAACUGUCUGUAUAUGAAAUUUUAAAAGGACUGUAAAGUUUGUGACUAUUAAGAUGAUCUGAUGUUAUUUUUUUUUAAUAUAAAAAACUUACAAUAACAUUUUUGUUGUUUUUAGUGGAUCAUGAGUUGUUAUGCCUGAAUAUUAGUUUCUUACUAUAUAUUGUUUGUCACCUAUACUUGUUAUUGUCAGUAGAUUGCUGCAGUUUACACUUUGUUCCUGCCACUCAAUAUUUCAAUCCAACACUUGUAUGUAGAAAAAGAUUGACUAAUAUAUUUAUUUUUUAAAUUAUUGAACAUGAUGCUGUAAGGGUUGAACAAAUCUUAUUUUUUUGUUAUCUUUUAUUGCUGUUUUGUAUAUUUAUUCCAUGCUUAGAACAGAACUUAUUCGAAGUAUUUUUAUGUUAUUUUUAAAUUAAAACUAAUGGUUGUAGUAGUCAAAUGAAGGCAAGUCAACAGGUCUUUAUUAACAGGAAAUCAUAUAGUAACAAUAUCUGCCUUGAGCAAAACUUCUCAAGGUGUUUCUUCUCAAAUGUCAACAUUCAUCUCUAGACUGAUCAUGUCUUCUGUCUAACAGUGCGCUGUACGAGCCAACGUAGGAGCAGGGUUUUUACAAAGCACAAUUUUAAUUUAAUGUUUGCACAAAUAGAGAUAAUGGUUCACAGCUCUAGAAAAUAUAGUAUUGAGUUAUCAUGCCCAUUUAUUUACUUUGUAUAUAUUAUGCGUAUAAAUGUAUAAAUCCGUAGGACUUAAUGAUCUUUUUUGAAACAACGUCUGUAAUAUAUAAGAUAAUUUAAUGAUUAAUUAGAUAAUUAAUUACCAGUGAAUGAUGCCCCGAUGAGUUAUAGUGGGCUCAACCACAUAUUUCUUGUGUUGAGUUCAACAUUCCUAAAGUGUUGCUUUGUGUAUACACUGCAUUUUUUUCUAUUUAUCCUCUCACUCUGUCUGGGUGGAUUUUUUUUUUUUUUCAUGAUUCAAAUUGGAGCACAACUAUACAUUGUUGAUGACAACACAUGAAUCAAUUAAAAAAAUAAUUAGUGUUAAUUAAUUAAUUUUGUUUUAUAUAGAAAAAUGUAAGAUAAAAGUUGCAGUAUUGAGAGCUUAGGUGCCAACUUGCUUUGACUGACCACCAAACUCAACUUUAGUUGAGGAAAGUAAAGGCAUAUGGUCGUUGCACUGGCCACAUGACUGGCUUCUCAACCGUUGGCCAAAGAAACAGAUGACCUUAACAUCAUCUGCCUUAUCUCAAGGUCUGUAAGGAGAACUUUAUUUUUACUUUUAAUAGCCACCCUCAAAAUGUCAGUAAUAUUCAUGCAAAGUUUCGUCAAGAUUGGUCAAAAGCAGUUAAUUUGUACAAAUGACAUCAAUUCAUAUAGACACUAUUAGACACCUUACAAUUUUCUUUGUAUAAUAUUGUGUAAAUGUAUAACAAUAAUUGUACAUAUAAUGGUCUUCGUGACAAAUAAAUUAUACAUUAAUACA